UCAGCUAUCUUGAUUCUUGAUAAUACUCAUUCAUAUUCAUAAGCUAGAUUAUUCUCGAGCAAUUACUCUUAUUUAUUGCUGGUGUUGUGUAUAUUCUGUAGCUACAUAUAUAUAUAUAUAUAUAUAUAUAUAUAUAUAUUUGCUGUAGGAAGGCCAAAAAGUGGAUCGAGAUAAUGGGAAGAGGCCCCUUCCAUUCGAUGAACAGGAAGAGACAGAGGAGCAACAUAUUUUCCCUGUCUACUCAGCUCGAUCUCAACAUGAUAUGAAUGCUAUUAUUUCUGCCCUAUCUCAAGUUAUUGCUAAUACUUCCCAAACUGCUCCACUUCACCUCAAUACAAAUCCCUUACCAACCACACAGUCAAACACCCAACAAAAUGAGCAACCACAAUCAGUUCAAGAUCAAGGAAAUGUAAGGAGGAGACACUAUAGGGGAGUGAGACAAAGACCAUGGGGAAAAUGGGCAGCAGAGAUCAGAGACCCUAACAAGGCUGCGAGAGUAUGGCUGGGCACCUUCGAUACUGCUGAAGCCGCAGCACUUGCUUAUGACGAAGCAGCCCUUAGGUUUAAAGGAAGCAAAGCUAAACUGAACUUCCCCGAAAGAGUUCAAGGCCGAUCCGAAUUAGGUUACUUAACUAAUAAUCGCGGGCAACUUAAUGCCCCCCGACUCAAUAUCAAUGCUCCUCCUCCUCCGCCGCGCCCUUCACUAUUAUCUCAGCAACAAGCAGCAGCAGCUUCGUCAAAUCAGUUUCAGUAUCCAGAUUUUCUCCCGGGUGGCUCGAGUUAUGGAUUCAACAAUUAUGCUACGGCCCCUUCAAGUAGUUUUUACGGUAGAGAUCAGUUAUCUUCAUCUUCAUCGUCGUCGUCAUCAGUACCUUCUCAAGAACAGCAAGAAGACGAAUUCGUAAGAUAUUCAAUGCAGUUUGGAAAUCCUUACGCUCGUUUCACUCCUCCGCCUCCUUAAACUAUACAUGGUUGAGCUAGCUAUUAUAGCUUGUAUAAUUUUGUUUUGGUCAUUUGCUUGUUUUUUUGUUUCUCAUAUGUUUGCUUUUGAGUUUUUGCAUUAAUUACUACGUUCUUUAUUAUCGA